UCAGGUGUGUCGGAAAGUGCUUUGACACAGUUUGUCUUUCAGGCUAGCCGCCGUGAAGAGAGAGCUGAAGGUGCAGGAAAUGCGCUUACAGGAUGCUGCCAGGAGGCGCUUUCUCAAGCUUCAGCAAGAUCAACGUGAAAUGGAGCUGCGCAGACUGGAGGACGAGAUUGAGAGAAAGAUACAAAUGAGAGAUCAAGAAAUUGCUGCCACAGCCGAAGACCUGGAAAUAAGACAUCUGGAGCUUGAAUCACAAAAACGACUUUAUGAGAAGGAUCUUACUGGAAAUCAGGACUCUGUUGCAAAGGAAAUCCGAAAAGAUGCUGAUGCCCAUAGGCAGAAAGUAGCCCUUGAAGAACACAUGUUCCGGAACCUGCUGGAAACCAGCCAGAUGGAGGGCAGGAGGACGCAGAGGGUGAGAGCCUGCGGAACCUGGGGUCCAGGAGCCCAGAGCUGCCCUUCCGAGAACACACAUUUGCAAGUUUUCCAUUUGUUUUGUUUGCCUCAGUUCUUAGGGGCUGCAGGGCUCUGUGUUUAUGGGUUGUUGACUGGCUUGGCCUCAUUAAUCUGACAUGCCCUUUGAGAGAGAGAAGGCUAAGGCAUGUAAGAGAGCAUGGGAGAACUAAUAACUUGCACUUUAUUCAGCCCUGCUGUGUUCUCCUCAGGAACUGUCCCUGACAGCACAAGCUCCCACAGCCUGGUGUACAAGCCAGACUUUCCACAGCGUCCUGUGGGAUACCCGUAACGUUACCCAGUAACAUGGGACGGCCACGUCAGGCCUGGAGAAUGAGGGGGUUGGGCCAGAUUUGAGGGUGCAG